AUGAUGUUUAAAGGUCUGUUCCAAGCCAAAUCAUUCCAUGAUUCUGUGAUUAUGAAGUGCUGGGCUGCAGGUGCCCUCCACAGUAGAGUCCCACGAGGAUUGGAUGUGAUGGAGCCUGGAACCUUGGUGAGGGGGUGUUGCCAAGCAACCUCGUGGAAUCUCUGUAAACACUCCACUGCAGUUGGUAACACAGUAUCCCUUCCUGUCAUUCUGCCUGCAUGGGAAAGCCUCAAUAUGGGAAGAACUAACACAGAAAAAACUAACAAUCCAGUGGUUUCAUCAGGACAUGAAGCAGAAGGUGUUGGUCAACGACGCUCCAUUCGACAGAGGAAAGCUGUUGAGCGCUAUCAAGCUCCUUUGGAAAAUCUAGGAAAACAUAAGAUAAUUUUUUCCACCUGUACUUCACCUGUCAGACAAAGAGAUUCAUGUAAAAGAACUAAAAGAUCUCUUUCGGUCAACUCUCGGAAAGACAACUUAAAUGAAGUUCACAGAACUUCACAUGAAAAUCAAAUUAGAACAAGUCUGGCUGGUGUUGAAAGAAUGCAAAUAGAUAGUUCGGUACAAUUUGAUGGCGUGGGUGGUCAUUCUGAACACAUUUCAUCUUUAAAAGAGAUGAUCAUUUUGCCGUUGCUUUAUGCUGACGCCUUUGAGAAAAUGAAACUUAACCCUCCCAGAGGCUGUCUAUUCUAUGGUCCACCAGGGACUGGAAAGACACUGCUUGCUCGUGCACUUGCUAAUGAAUGUAGCAGAAGUGACAGGAAAGUAACCUUUUUUAUGAGAAAUGCUGCCGACUGCAUGAGUAAAUGGAUAGGAGAGUCUGAACAACAGCUUCGUUUAGUAUUUGAGCAGGCCUACCAGAUGCGACCUUCAAUUAUUUUCUUUGAUGAGAUCGAUGCUCUUGCUCCCACACGGUCCAGUAAACAAGACCAAGUUCAUAGCUCUGUUGUGGGGACACUUCUGACACUUAUGGAUGGCUUAGCCAGCAGAGGAGAGGUUGUGGUUAUUGGAGCCACCAACAGACUGGAUUCUAUAGAUCCUGCUUUACGAAGACCCGGACGCUUUGAACGAGAAUUCCGUUUCAGCUUACCAAAUGAAGAGCAGGAGAGACAAGAGAUUUUCAAAAUUCACACACGAGGCUGGAAGAAGCCAUCAGACAACUUACUUGAAGAGCUGGCUGAGAAAUGUGUUGGAUACUGUGGUGCUGAUAUUAAGGCCUUAUGUGCUGAAGCUGGCCUCUGUGCUUUGCGCCGCUGUUAUCCUCAGAUACAUGAAAGUGACAAGAGACUGAAGAUAGAUGCCACUUCCAUUGAAGUAACAGCAAAGGAUUUUGCCAUGGCCAUGCAGAAGAUUGUUCCAACUUCACAGAGAGCUGGAGCUUCACCUGUACGAGCACUACCACCUAUUUCAAAGCCGCUGUUAGAAAACACUCUGGAAAGAACUUUACAAGCCUUGCAGAGAGCAUUUCCCCAUGCAGAACUUGCACUGAAGAAGGACCAAGGAAAUGAUGUGAUGGACAAUGAAGAAUCACCAUCAGUUUCUAGAAAGAUGCCAACUCAUAAAAUUUCUGGUAGAAAAAAGGCAGAAUUCCACACUUUUAGCAGCAAUCCUCCUUACCAGCCAACAUCUUUCAGGCCACGGUUCUUAAUAGUUGAAGAGCCAGGAUCUGGGCAAGCUUUUGAUUUGGCAUCUGCAGUAAUACAUGCCCUGGAAAAGUUUCCAGCUUAUACACUAGACCUAAUGACUUUGUUUGUUAGCAGCACAUCACAGGAAGAAACAUGUUCACAGAUAAAAGCAUUGUUUGAUAAUAAUCGUGAAGAAGUUUUCAAAAUCCCGCGGCCUACCUGUGCUGAAAGAAGAGGGUUUUUUGAGGAUUUGGUCAUGAAGCAAGCUGCUGAACCUCCUGCAUCAAAAACCAAUGCAGAUUCACGGGUACACCGUGUGACUCAUGCGAGAUGUUCUCAGGUGGAUGAGCAACUGCGACAAGUGUUGGAUUCUAUUGUUGAGGCAACUGAAAGCGUCAGUAUAUCGAGCAUGGAAAAACUAUAUUCUAUCCUUAGCCUGUGCAUUUACCGACAUCGAGAUGAUGCUGACAAAACUGAAUUAGUGACGGAAAUGAAGAAAGAAAUUGCAGCCCUCAGUUGGCUGUGAUACUUGACUUCAGCAUACUUCACAUACUGUAAUGUUCAUAUAU